CUCUCUCAGCUCUGGCGGAAGUCCCGCGGAUGUGUGUUGUUGUCACGCUGUCCGCCGCUCACAUGGGCAGAGAGAGAGUGGAGCACUCCGCUUUCACUAUGGACGGCGUUUACUCCUGUUUUAAAGACAAACUCGGCCAGGUAGUUUUACCUGGAGACGUGUUUUCGUUUGGCGUGUCGGCUGUGGAGGACAGCGCGGUCAGAGCUGAGAAGGUGAUCUGCGGGCCCGGCCUGCGGCGGAACGGAGACGAAAUCCUGGUGUGCAAAAGUGGCAUCCUCCGCCAUAAAACACCAAACAUGUACUGGAUAGACUCGCAGCAGAAACGGUAUGUUCCAGCGAAGGGGGAAAGUGUGAUUGGUAUCGUGACCGCAAAGUCUGGAGAUAUCUUUAAAGUGGAUGUUGGAGGCAGUGAGCAGGCGUCCUUAUCCUACUUAGCAUUUGAAGGAGCCACCAAGAGGAACAGACCCAAUGUGCAGGUGGGAGAUCUGGUCUACUCACAGUUCAUUAUUGCCAACAAAGACAUGGAGCCGGAGCUGGUGUGUAUAGACAGCUGUGGACGGGCCAAUGGGAUGGGAGUGUUUGGAGCAGAAGGGCUUCUUUUCAAGGUUUCUCUGGGAUUAGUGCGCAGACUACUUGCUCCCCAGAGUGAGAUCGUGAAGGACCUUGAGAAGAUUUUCCCCUUUGAGAUGGUGGUGGGUAUGAACGGCAGGGUUUGGGUGAAGGCCAAGACUGUUCAGCAGACACUGAUUGUGGCCAAUUUGCUGGAGAGCUGCGAGAACAUGACCGCUCAGCAGAGGCAGGCGCUCUUCAAGAGAGUGGCAGAGGGCUCCCUCUAGUGGGUCUAGUGGUGUUGUCAGGUGUGAUUCUUGAGGGCCGCUCACUGUGCAGCUCUUCACGAUACAAAACCGUUUCUGAGAGAUGUGAGCCUGAAUUUACUUCCUCAGGAAUGACCUACACCAACAUAUGCAACUCUUCUGAGAGUUAAACAUUCAAGUAGGACUCUGAAUGGACUGCAGAUCCGUAUUGUUCAUGCUGGGGCAGCAGACCAUAUUCCUUUAGUACUCUAUGAGCAGAGUUUUUCUCUGGGUGUCUUGAAGCAAUAUUUUUGUAUAAUAAAUAAAUUUUGUGUAAUAAAGGAUGCACAAAAAAUUCUUAAUCAUUAACUAUUUGCCUAAUGCCUGUAAGGGAAACCAUGGAAAGCAGAUUUGCUGCUUUGGGCGGUUUAUGAAUGAAAUGGUACAACGUAGAGAAACCUGCAGACUCAGAUAUAAAGAGACUCACAUAUAAAGAUAUAUUCUGUACGGUGGUGUUUAUAGGAACCAGGGGGUUGCAAUGUUUACAACACAAAUAUAGCCAUUUUAUUGACUAUUA